UUUUAUCUUUAUUAACUUAUCAAGUGUUUUUGUGUUUGUUUUUGAUUCUCAGUUAAUUGCACAAUAUGAGUGAUAGUGAUUUUGAAGAAACAUUAUCUGAUUUUUUGAGUAAAAAGAAGACUUCUAAGAGUCCUGAGAAAACAAUGGAAAAGGCUGGUGUUUCUCCUCUUCGUAGGAGUUCGAGAAGUAAAGAAAUUAUUAAAUCUAAUGCUGUUGUCUGUGUAAAAGAGAAGAAAGCAAUUGUGAAAUAUAAGUCUGUGAAGAAGGAUGUUGCUUGUAAAAGAAAAGGAGAUGUUGUUUUGCACCAAAGAGAUAUCAAGAGGAAAAGGCUUGGUAGUGAUAACUUGAAUAAAAGUGAUUCUAUGCAGAAGUUUGAUUUGUUAAUUGAUCCAAAGGAACGUUUUGUUGGGAAAGUUGGAAAUGCAAGUUCCAAUUCAGUGAUCAAAAAUAUAAAGUUGAAGCUUAAUGAUGAUCAGUUAUCUAUUUUAAAGAACAGUAGGUUUGGUUCCUUUUUAUGGCUGGACAAGGAUGUACUUAGUCUUAGACUCAUACAUUCUAUACUUUUAAGGGAGGUGCAUCAUGCCAAUCUUUCUGAACUUUGGUUUAAUUACGGAUCUCAGAUUCUGCGUUUCAGUUUGUAUGAGUUUGGUCUCGUUAGCGGUCUUGUUUGUGGAAGUGACGAGUCAAGAUUUUCUGGUUAUUUUGAGGAUGGUGAUUUUUUUAAUAAAUUUUUUAGUGAUGAGAGCAAGAUUACACGUCAGGUUAUUGAAGCAAAAUUUCUUGAUGCUGUUUGGGAGAAUGAUGAUGAGGCUGUAAAGUUUGCGAAGCUUUACAUGGUGCAAUGUUUUAUUUUGGGUAAUCUUGGGACUACUUUGAUUGAAGAUCGUUUCAUUCACUUGCUGGAUAGUUCUGAUUAUGAUGAUUUUCCAUGGGGGAAAUAUUCGUUUGAAUUAUUUGUUCAGUCUACUAAGAACAAGCUCUCAAGUAAACUGAAGUCAUCAAGUCAAUCUACCUUCUAUCGACUUUAUGGAUUUCCGUAUGCCAUCCAAUUCUGGUUUUAUGAAACAUUAGUUUCUGUGCCUCAGUACCUGUGUACUUUGAACGAUGCUGCUGCCUAUCCUCGGUUAAUGCGUUGGAUACCGAAGGAUAUAAAAAAAAUGCAGAACUUUGAUUUUAAAGUUUUUGAUGAUGAAACUGAAAAGGUCACAGUCCUUUCAAAUAUUGUAGCAACUGACGAUGAGUCUGGUAGUCUUAUUGUUAAUGGACUCUAUUAUCAAGGUCACGUUGCUGCGCAAGAAAGAAAUGAUGCUUGUAUAGCUGAAGUUAGAAUCAUGGAAGUGGCAAGGUCUGCUUGCGUUAACUUUGUCAAGGAAUUGAAAGCUCAGAUUUUUGACAAUGAUGUUGAUUAUUCUGAUUUGGAGAGUGACGUUCGAAAGCGCAUUUGUGCUUCUGUUGAUAAUUUUGAAGUAAAUCAAUUAAGUAAUAUUUUCAAAGUCAAUUCUGGAAAGGUAUGUGGUUUGUUAUAA